UGAAACCUGCGAGUUGGCCGAGCCCCGCCGCCAGCCUUUCCAGCCGGAGCUGCGAGCACCGUGCGGGCUCACAGCAAGAUGCUCAAGGUGCCGGCCGUGCUGUGCGUGUGUGCGGCCGCUUGGUGCAGUCAGGCUCUCGCGGCUGCCGCGGCCGUGGCUGCGGCCGGGGGGCGGUCGGACGGCGGUAAUUUUCUGGACGAUAAACAAUGGCUCACCACCAUCUCUCAGUACGACAAGGAAGUCGGACAGUGGAACAAAUUCCGAGACGAUGAUUAUUUCCGAACUUGGAGUCCAGGAAAGGCCUUUGAUCAGGCUUUAGAUCCAGCUAAAGAUCCAUGCUUAAAGAUGAAAUGUAGUCGCCAUAAAGUAUGCAUUGCUCAAGAUUCUCAGACCGCAGUCUGCAUUAGUCACCGGAGGCUUACACACAGUAUGAAAGAUGCAGGAGUAGGCCAUAAGCAAUGGAGGGGCCCCGUCUCAUCCACCUGCAAACAGUGCCCAAUGGUCUAUUCCAGCCCUGUUUGUGGUUCAGACAGUCACACCUACUCUUCACAGUGCAAACUAGAAUAUCAGGCCUGUGUCUUAGGAAAACAGAUCUCGGUCAGAUGUGAAGGCCAUUGUCCAUGUCCUUCAGAUAAGUCAACAAGUACAAGCAGAAAUGUAAAGAGAGCAUGCAGUGACCUGGAGUUCAGGGAAGUGGCAAACAGGUUGCGGGACUGGUUCAAGGCCCUUCAUGAAAGUGGAAGCCAAAACAAGAAGACAAAAGCAUUACUGAGGCCUGAGAGAAGCAGAUUUGAUACCAGUAUUUUGCCAAUUUGCAAAGAUUCACUUGGCUGGAUGUUUAACAGACUUGAUACAAACUAUGACCUGCUACUAGACCAGUCAGAGCUGGGGAGCAUCUACCUUGAUAAGAAUGAACAGUGUACGAAGGCAUUCUUCAAUUCUUGUGACACAUACAAGGACAGUUUGAUAUCUAACAAUGAAUGGUGCUACUGCUUCCAGAGACAGCAAGACCCUCCUUGCCAGACAGAGCUCAGCAAUAUUCAGAAGCGGCAAGGAAUAAAGAAGCUCCUAGGACAGUACAUACCCCUAUGUGAUGAAGAUGGUUACUACAAGCCAACACAAUGUCAUGGCAGUGUUGGGCAGUGCUGGUGUGUUGACAGAUAUGGAAAUGAAGUCAUUGGAUCCAGAACAAAUGGUGUUGCAGGUUGUGCUAUUGAUUUUGAGAUCUCUGGAGAUUUUGCAAGUGGAGAUUUCCAUGAAUGGACUGAUGAGGAGGAUGAUGAAGAUGAUAUUAUGAAUGAUGAAGAUGAAAUUGAAGAUGACAAUGAAGAUGAAGGGGAUGAUGAUGAUGGUGGUGAUGAUCAUGAUGGAUACAUUUGAUGAGAGCUGAGAUCAAUACAUUAAACAUUUCUAUUAUUUACAAGUGAUAGCCUAUUGAGAAUUACCUUCUUGCCCCCAAAUAAAAUGAUUCUAAAAUUCACGUAUAUUUUGUAUAAUUAUUUCAGAUAUUGCAGCUAAAGUCAUAGAACUUUAUGUUUAAAUAAGAAUCACUUACUUUGAGUUUUUAUAUGCCUUAGAGAAAAAGAAAACACAUAUAGAGUCUAGUCAGAUGAAAGUUAUGAAGAGCUAUUGAUAUAAACAAACAAAUGUUUAUAAGAAUAAACUAUGUAAAUCUUCCACAAACAAAACAACAACCAUGUUUGAGAUCUUAUGUGUUAUGUUUCCGAGAGAGACUGUAAGUUAAACUUAUAAUAACUUGUUGGUGACCUGGGUCCCAGGAUUUUUUGAAAGUAUGCAUGACCUUAAUUGCAAUUCCAAAGUAGCAUUUGUCCCAAACCUAGAGAUGAGUAAGGAGAUACAACACAGGGUAAGAAAAAUAAGGAAUUCUGCAUUGUGUUUACAUUAAUAAUGAUGUUUAUAAUUAUGGAGUUAUUCUGGAUAUGAUAGGGUAUUUUAUGAAAGGACAAGUAUGGAAAACCAUGGAUUCUGAAAGUUAAAAACUUAGUUGUUCCUUCUAGUUUUUAUUUUAAUUUGAAUAGCAGUCUCGUGUGGAUUUUUUAUAUUCUUAAACAGCAUGAUUUCUUUACCUUUCUAGGUUUCUUGGUCUUUCUAACCAGAUACUUAGGGCAGAAUUUAAAGAAAGAAGACAAAGGGAAAGAUUUAUUUAAAUUAUAUUUUCACAUAUAGUUUGUGAUAUGCCCAAUGUCAAAUUUAAAAAUCUUAGUUCUUAUUUUAUUUCCUAUUAUACAUAAAAAUUUCAUUUAAUCUAAGAAUUAUACCACUUUUGUUACUAGUGUUGAAACUUAGAGAACAUAUUGUAUGGUGCCUUGCAAAAUAGAAAUAGAAAGGUUUUAGCAUGCAUACCAAUAUAGAAUAUUAGGCAAUAUAUAAGCACACCUAAUUAACAAAGUAAUACCAAUAAAGGUACUGCUGCUGGAAUGAAGAAAAUGGAAUAUGUUUCUUUCUUUUUUUCUAUUGUUACAUAAUUGCCAUGUGGACUUGUUUAUGAUUAUUGUGUAGAGUAGCAUUUAAGAUUUAACUGUAACAAAAAUUACUUUACUUGCUAUAUUUAAGUUAGCAUGUUAAUUAAUUGUGUAGACCUUUCCACACACCAUCACUUUUAAGUAUAUCAGACCUAAGGUUUUGUGCCCAUAAUAAAAAUAAAAACCUGUUGAAUAUUUCACAUUGGUAUUAUAAUUUAAACAGUGGGUCAGCUGGUUUCCUGAUAUACCAUCCAUUGAAAGUAAAAUUGGUGGAUUAGUUCCAUUUGAUUAAUACACGCUAAAAAUAAACUUUGAUGUUGACUUUAUGUAAUAUUUAAAGUAUA